GGAGGCGGAACUGUUGUCGUCCAUCAGGGUAGUGUGUUGGGCUUUUGUCCAGGAGAAUGGCCGGGAUUAAAGCUCUCAUUAGCCUCUCCUUCGGAGGAGCCAUCGGCCUCAUGUUCCUCAUGCUCGGAUGUGCCCUACCUGUGUAUGACAAAUACUGGCCUUUGUUCCUCCUCUUCUUCUACAUCCUGUCCCCCAUCCCGUACUGCGUCUCCCGGAGGGUGGUGGACGACACAGACUCCUCCAGCAACGCCUGCAAAGAGCUGGCCAUCUUCCUCACGACGGGCAUCGUCAUCUCAGCCUUCGGCCUGCCCAUCAUCUUCGCCAGAGCCCAAGUUAUCGCCUGGGGGGCGUGUGCGCUCGUGCUAACGGGUAACAUAGUCAUCUUCGGGACCAUCCUGGGCUUCUUCCUGGUCUUCGGGUCCAACGACGACUUCAGCUGGCAGCAGUGGUAAACCGUCCGACGGAGGGGAGUUUAGUCCAAACUGUUUUUAUUAGCGUUACAAAUAUUAUUCUGGUAUGUUUGGUUGUUGUUAUUUAUAUGAUGACCACCCACCUGUAGACUCACACCAAAACGUGCAAUAUUUGAUUUGCUUUGAUUUUAAAUGGCCUGCUUUGUUCUGAACUGACUCAACGAGAUGCUGACUUUUAUUUGGAAUGUGUUCUGUCUUUGUUGUGUUUUAUUCCUCUGAUUUAAAGAGCGGCGAAAUCUGUGACUAAAAGAGUCCAGAUGACCGCGACCUGGUCUUCUUUUUUUAACCUUUGGUUAAAUUCUGAACAACUCUGGAAGGAGUUUUGUGAGUAAAUCAGAAGAGAACCGACAGAAAAUCUGCACGAUAUGAGCUCAAAUCGAUUUCAUGUGAAUUUAUGGUGUUUGUUGUUUUGGUUUGUUUUUUUGUUUAUUGCACGUUAAAGAGUUCAAAUCGCCUGAUGUAGUGCAGGUGUGUUCACGUGGCGUGACCA